AUGUCUGAAUCCGAGUACAAACGCAUCGGUGGCACCAACCAGAAUUUGCCCGCCAUGACCAGUUGGUCCAUACCAGACUACAAAAAUCUAACCUUUAUUCAUUGCCACAAAUCUGGGGGAACCACCGUCAAAAUGCUAUUGGCACAAGCCAAGACACAAUGGAAUCACAAUAACAAUAACAACAAUACGCCCGCUGAAAUACAGAAUUUCAAGUAUUCCUUUGGGGGUGGCUCGUCCGCUCAAAAGCAACGCAAUCAAGAAGCGAGAAUACAACACAUUCAAGCCAUGGCAACACAUCAACUACACACUACAAAUACAAAUGCGAUUGUCACAUUCACCGUCGUGCGAGAUCCCUUGGAACGAUUUGUGUCGGCAGUCCAACAAGUGAUGCAUUACAAUACCGACUUUCGAACCAAAUGUUUGAAAUGGACCGCACGAGCUACCGUCCAGUGUGCCAUUCACGAAAUUCAAACCACCAACUACCUGAGAGAUGUUCAUCUUUUACCCAUGGUGGCGCAUUUUCGACUCUGGGAUGACUACCCCACGGCACGUUUGGCCGUAUUGCAUCUCCAUGAUUUGCCCAGUUUGGCGGCGUAUCUACAUCAUGUUGUCGCAAACAACAGCAACAGCAACAGCACACUACUUUCAACAACAAUGCCACAUGGUCGAGACCGAUCCAAGGUCGACUAUGCCACGUCUCGAGUAUUGGCCAACAUGUCGAUUAAACGACACUGCACUCCCGAAAUGAUUCAACAACUCUGUCAACUCUAUUCCAUCGAUGUCAUCUUUAUGCAAUCUCUGGGAUAUGCAAGUGAGUAUUGUCACUCUCACUCUCACUCUCCAUGA